AUGCUCUGCUCUCCUCUGCUCCAUCUCUCUCCUCUGCUAAUUCGCCAAUUCCCACGCCAAACCUUAGUUUCCAAACUCCCAUCCCAAUCCCCAUUCGAAUUCCUUCAUUUUUCACAACACCUAUCUCGUCAGCACAAUUCAAACCAAAGGAAUUCUGGGUCGCGCAGAAUUGUUCUUGGUCAGUUUAGUUCGCAUUCAUCGCUCUCAUAUUCAGCUGAUGACGAUUUUGAUGUUGAAUUGGGACGUCUGUUGGCUUUAUUACCGGAAGAGAUGCGGCAGAUAGUUAGCGAGCACGAAGAGCUCCACCAGUUGAUUGAAGUGGUUAUGGAUUUGGGUCGAAAGCCAUUGGCUCGGUUUCCGUCAGGGGAUUUUGUUUUAGCAGAUCGUCUGAUUACUACAGAGGAUAUCAAUCAUGCCACUUCUCAGGUUGGUGAUUUUGCUAUAGAUAAUCGAGCCGGAAUUAGCAGAACUUUACACCGAAUUAGUGCCAUCAGAAAUCGAAAAGGUGUGAUUAUUGGUUUAACUUGUCGUGUUGGUCGAGCAGUAUCAGGAAGUGCCAUCUUGUUGCGAGAUUUGGUUAAAGAUGGGGCUUCUUUGUUGCUUAUUGGGCCUCCAGGAGUAGGAAAAACUACAAUCAUCAGGGAUAUAGCUCGAAUGCUUGCAAAUGAUUAUAAGAAACGUGUCAUGAUUGUUGACACAUCAAAUGAAAUUGGUGGGGAUGGAGAUAUACCCCAUGCAGGAAUAGGUAAUGCUCGCCGGAUGCAAGUCCCUCACUCUGACGUUCAACACAAGGUGUUGAUAGAAGCAGUUGAAAAUCACAUGCCACAAGUGAUUGUAAUUGAUGAAAUUGGGACAAAACUUGAAGCAAUGGCUGCAAGCACAAUUGCACAACGUGGAAUUCAGCUAGUUGCCACUGCUCAUGGAGUAACAAUAGAGAAUUUGGUAAUGAAUCCUUCACUAGAGAUGCUUGUUGGAGGUAUACAGAGUGUAACACUGGGGGACGAAGAGGCAAACCGGAGGGGUGUUCAGAAGACAGUGCUAGAGAGGAAAGGACCCUCAACUUUUAGUUGUGGGGUGGAGAUAAUUUCAAAAACUGAGCUGCGAGUUCAUCAUAGUUUAGAAGCAACAGUUGAUGCUGUUCUUUCUGGUCGAUUUCCAAUGUUUGAAGUAUGCAAGAUUCAUCAGGGUCCGGAAGCUAAAGAUGUUGAAAGAAUAUUAUCCGAUUCAUUUGACAAGAAGAAUGGACUCAUGCUUGAAGAUACUCUACAUGUGAAUUCUGAUAUAACCGGCCAUAAUGAAAUCAUUUCUGAAUUACCUCCUAGCACUGAUGAAGAUUCUUGUGAAGAUGAGGCACCCCUUUGCCUAUUUCUCUAUGGGAUUUCAGAGGCAAGUGUGGUACAAGGGAUUAAACAGCUGAAGAUAGAUGAUGCAGUUGAAUUUACUGAUAAUAUCAGUGAAGCAGAUGCACUACUUGGAUUGCAGUCCAAGUUGAAGAAGAAUUCUCGGAUUCAAGCUGCUGCUAGAUCUUGUGGCAUCCCUAUUUAUGUGACGAAGACGAACUCAUUGGCACAGUUAACAAAGGCCAUACAGGCAUUGAUGACUGAUUAUGCUGAUGGCUUUGAGUUUUUUGAAUCUGGAGCCAAGAUGAAUAUGUCAGAGAAGAUGGAUGCCUUGGAGGUGAAAAUGACUUUACUUUUGCCUUAUCUUCUUUUGGUCAUGCAGUAG